AUGCUGUUAACGGUAUCUACUACUUUCUUGAUUGUUUUAAUUAUUACUACUGAGAUUAAAUGUGUAACGAGUGAACAACAAAUACAGGUGUCCAUUUUAACUUCGGAUCAACCUGAUUGUCAUUUACUCUGUGAACUUUGCACAUCAACAAUAAAUGCUACAAAGUACAUAUUAGAUGAAGAACCAUUUCUGCCAAAACUACUACAAUAUUUUAUGCCAAUUUGUUAUAUGUUACCAAAACUGGAAUAUCGAAAAAUUUGUUAUCAUCUUGUAGACGGUGGUGUUGUUAGUAUAAUUCAUGAAAUGUUGAAUAAAAUGAAUGAAAAUGAAAUUUUUUAUCACAUUGGAUUAUGUAAUAGCAUAAUUCCAUGCCCAAGUGUUCAAAAUUCUUUAACCUGUAAAUACAGAUUGAUUGAUAUGUUAAUUAAAAUUGUACUACUGUUAUUUCUAUUUGGUUUAAAAGAGAUAGUUUUUGGAGAAGCUGUUGAGAGGUCUGAAAAUGAACUUGAAGCACUGGAGUUUCAGUUAAUUUGUGAAACAUGUGUUAUGAAUGUUCGCGGUAUUCGAUGGUUACUUCUGCAAGGUUAUGCAAGAAAAAUGAUAGCUGAACUAUCAUAUGUUCUGUGUAAUUUCAUUCCAUAUAAACAACCUCGUGCACUAUGUAAACAAUUCUUCGACGGACCAUUUGAAAAGUUGGUUCAUGAUUUUGUUGUUAACAUGAGUGUUUAUGAACCAUGUUACUAUCUUGGACUUUGUGAAACAGUUCAACAAGAAUCGAUGAUAUCAGCAGAUAAUACAUUCUAUACUGAUCUAUUGAUGAAAACAUUGAGCAUAGUGAAAGAGGAUAUCGAGUCAAUAAUUACACCGGAAUCUAUUCAACAAACAGCUAAAGAACUUUGUUCUUCUAAUAAAAUGUGCACAAAAACUUUCAAAAAAUCUGUGAUGGCUUUAAUUGACGUCAUUUAUAAAAAUUCCGAAGGUGAAUGGUUCUCAGAUGAUUUUACACAUUAA